AUGCGUCGAACAUCGUUCGAGACAGGAUCUGGGGAUCGCACACCUAGCCGCAAAUCCCGACGCAGGUCUGCCCCAACACCACGCUUCCAGCGGUCGUAUGACCCGGAGGAGCCCUUUGAUGAAACAUGCACCGAGCGAAGAAUCCAAUUUACUCCACUCCGCCAGAUCCUAGAUACGCGGACCCAGAGAAGAAUUAGGCGAAUUGGGUUGAGUGAUGAAAUCAAUCACAUCGAGCGUGAAAAGCGGCAGACGCGCAACAUGGAAAAGACCAUGCGAGCUUUGCUUCAAGAGCGGGAUUCCCUGAAAGAUGAACUCAGGGCUAUGAGACGAGGUGAAAUAGGCUUUGAGGGCCAAGGUUCGAUGGCUGAAUCUUAUUGGAUGACACCAGAUACACCCAGAUCUUGUGAGGAAGUAUCAGUGGUUUCUCAUCACAGCCUGGAUGACACCGCCCCAUUUUCGAACAGUGAUGGAGAGACUUUCAUGUUUAACGAUAGUGCUGUCAUUGUAUCCAGCUCCCCUGAUUUCCGUGGCACUCGGAGUCAUAAUCCACCUGUCACUGAUAGCUUAAUGCUAUCUGACGAACCUCAGACACCGAUUCGCGCCACCCAAACGCAUACUUCAGUCAAUACCGAACAAUCUGAUAUUCACACCCUGACCCUUGACCUGGAAGCUGCCAGGCAAGAAAAGAACAACUUGUUCAAUGCAUGUCGAUCACGAAUCUCAGGGUUCAAUGACCCUACGAUCAAUAGCCUUUUGUGCCAGUCUUCUCCACCAUCAGACUUCUUCGAGAAUAUCAUGGAUAUUUUGGAAAAUGCUCUCUCUCGUGCUUCUGAUGCUGCCGAGGCUCUUGAAGGAGUCACCCGACAAUGCUCCGGUUUAGGAUUCUCCGGGGACGGCGUGGACGAUAUCGUAUCCGACAUGCGGAGCCACUUCCGCUCAGCUCGCCUUGAGCUUGAACGUGCGCUACCUGGUGAGACUGCCAACGUCAGUCUUGAGGACGGCAAGGCAACCUUGGGUGCAUUAGUGAGGCGCGUUGAGUCAUUGGCAAAAGAUCUGGGGACAGAGCGCCAUUACCAUGACGGUUCUCUCGGCCGGGAAAGAGCUCUUCGAGGGCAGUUUGAUGCUUUACUACAUCGAUAUGAGACAGCUGUAAGCAAAAUCGACAGGCUCGAGGAUUCAAUCGCAUCUUCCGCAGGAGACAUGCUCCACACAAGGAUGCGAAUGCAAGACCUCGAGCGCGAAGGCCAGGAACAGGCUGUUGGGAUUGACAGAUUAACCACAGCCCUCGACAAGUAUCACUAUGAAGUAAAGGGUCUUGAAAGUCUUAUUGACAAUCUUGAAAAGGAAAACACAGCUACGAAGGAGGACUACACCCGGCAAAUAUCAAAGCUCAAGAAACAAGUGGCCCAUGAACGCUCAAAACGCUGUUCAGCCGAGGCUACAGCUUCUGAGUCUGAAUCUCGCAUCCGAGAGUUGGAGAAAACAGUCGAAAACAACCGCAUUCGGGCUUCCGACUUGAUGGCUCAGGUGGAGCUUCUUGAAAAGGAAUAUCAAAAAGCCAUUGAGACCCUUGAGCAAACCACCAAUGAACUGCAAACACACGAAGCAGAGACUGGAACUCUCAACGUUCGCAUUUCAGACCUCACCACAUCAUUGCAUGGUGCCAAAUGUGAAAUGCAGCGUCUUCAGAAUGUCAACACCGGCCUUGAAGAACAGCUUCAACUAGAAGUCGAAGCUCGAAAUGAGCUCUUAGACAAGUGGGCCGCAGAUCAAGUUCGAUCGUUUGCCCACAUGAAGGAGACUAUCAAUUCAGAACGUCGCAGAGCCAAAGUUCGUGCGGCCAAUUGGGAGUUGAAAUCAGACGAUUUCAUGUCGGAUGGCACCACAAUAGGCACUGGGAGUGAGCCAAUUACUCCCGUUAGCGCCCGAUUUGUUGACAUCGAAAUUGGCCGUGGCAAGGAUCGGCGGCGUCUGGAUAGCGUCGAGAUAUCAGCCGACACUUCGGAUGUCGGCCGUGGUAUCGGAUCUAAUAUGCAUCUUCCCGCGUCAGAUUUGGCUUAA